GAGACGAGUGGAACGAUGGUAGCUUUACCGCUCCGACUACCAUCAUCAUCAUCACCAUCAUCAUCAUCACACUUCUCGUUCGGGGAGAUGUGCCUCCGCACCCGCUCAUGGGAUGAUGUAGCAGCGACCAGGAGCCGGGCUAAGCGUCCGGGCUGCGUUUGAUUCAAGAGGAAUAAGGCGACGAAGGAUAGCGAAGGGAAGUGAGAGGUUGGCUGGCUGGCUGGCGGAGGCGGUGGUGUGGGUUCGAGAUUGAAGGGGGUCGCCAGUGGCUGUGGGGAGACGGAAUCGCUGUUGGAUUCGCAAGCGACCUGGGCACGCUGACUGGCACGCCUGCAGGUGGAGGGGGGUGGGUGGUGGUCCGGGUGGAGCGAUUUUAUGGGGCAACAGCAAACGAAAUUCGGGGAGCACAGGUGGUCCAUCCUCCCCGAGAGCAAAGGCGGCGUCAAGAGGGAGCUCUCUCGACACGGGCUGCACUGCAAUGUCUUCACCGAGCACGAGGCGCUGCACCGGCCGCUUCCGCUGGUGCCGGAAUCGGAGGGGCUGGCGCUGGAGGAGGGGCCCUCCUCGCUGGGGCUACCCGAGAACGACCCCAACCUCUUCGUGGCGCUCUACGACUUCGUCGCCAGCGGGGACAACACCCUGAGCAUCACCAAAGGCGAGAAGCUGCGCGUCCUCGGCUACAACCACAACCACGAGUGGUGCGAGGCGCGCACGCGCAACGGCCAGGGAUGGGUGCCCAGCAACUACGUGACGCCGGUGCACAGCCUGGAGAAGCACGCGUGGUACCACGGCCCGAUCUCGCGCAGCGCCGCCGAGUACCUGCUGAGCAGCGGCAUCAACGGCUCCUUCCUACUGCGCGAGUCCGAGAGCAGCCCCGGGCAGCUGUCCAUCUCGCUGCGCUGCGAGGGGCGCGUCUACCACUACCGCAUCAACACGGCGAGCGACGGCAAGGUGUACGUGACGUCGGAGAGCCGCUUUGGCACGCUCGCCGAGCUGGUGCACCACCACUCGGCCGUGCCGGACGGCCUCGUCACCACGCUGCACUACCCGGCGCCGCGCCUCACCAAGCCCACGGUGUACGGCGUGUCGCCCACGCACGACCGCUGGGAGAUGGAGCGCACGGACAUCACCAUGCGUCACCGGCUGGGCGGUGGCCAGUACGGGGACGUCUACGAGGGCCACUGGAGGAGGUACAACCUCACGGUGGCCGUCAAGACGCUCAAGGAGGACAUGAUGGAGGUGGACGAAUUCUUGACUGAGGCGGCCGUCAUGAAGGAGAUUAAACAUCCGAACCUCGUGCAGCUCUUGGGCGUGUGCACGCGCGAGCCGCCCUUCUACAUCGUCACGGAGUUCAUGCCGCGCGGCAACCUGCUGGACUACCUGCGUGAGUGCGACCGCGACGAGGUGACGGCCGUGGUGCUCCUGUACAUGGCCACGCAGAUCUCCUCCGCCAUGGAGUACCUGGAGAGGCGCAACCUCAUCCACCGAUUCCGUCCAAUUCUGUCCCCCCCCGCCUCCCUCCGUGUGGCUCCAAGGGACCUGGCGGCACGCAACUGUCUGGUCGGGGAGAACCACCUGGUGAAGGUUGCCGACUUCGGGCUGAGCCGGCUCAUGACGAGCGACAUCUACACGGCUCGCGCCGGCGCCAAGUUCCCCAUCAAGUGGACGGCGCCCGAGAGCCUGGCCUACAACAAAUUCUCCAUCAAGUCCGACGUGUGGGCGUUCGGCGUGCUUCUGUGGGAGAUUGCGACGUACGGGAUGUCGCCGUACCCGGGCAUCGACCUCACACAGGUGUACGACCUCCUGGAGAAGGGCUACCGCAUGGAGCAGCCCGAGGGCUGCCCCCCAAAGGUCUACCAGCUCAUGCGCUCAUGCUGGCAGUGGAACCCGCAGGAUCGCCUCUCCUUCAGCGAGACCCACCAGGCCUUCGAGACCAUGUUCUACGACUCGAGCAUUUCAGACGAAGUUGAAAAGGAGCUCGGCAAGAAAAAGCCGAGCGACUUGCAGGCGCCCGUGCUGCCCACCAAGUCGCGGCGGACGCCCGAGCAGAAGGGAGACAAGUGCUCUCUGGAGGCCAGGGUCGACUCCGAGCUCCGGAAGGCGGACCACUCAUCGCCCAAGGGAGAUGCUGGCAAGCCCACCGCCCACAACAACAACAAGGGCAGCAGCAGCAGCUCGGUGAUGAACGGGCAGGGCAGCCCCGAGGGCAGGCGCCUGCAGCCCCAGCGCAAGAGCAGCUGGAUCUUCGGCUCGUUCAUCCGCCGCCUCCGCUGCACCCCGACGCCGGCGCCGCCCAAGCGCAGCAGCUCCUUCCGGGGCCCGUGGGAUGGUUCGACGGGGGUUGGCGGCGGUGGCGGCACGGAUGCGGGCGAGGGCUUCGUGCACGUGAGUGUGGUGCCGCCGCCGCCGCCGCAGCCGCAGCAGCCGCAGCCGUCGUCGUUCGGCGGAAUCGGCGGCGCCGGCUGCGGCAAGGGCAGGGCGCGGUGCAACUCCGGCAACGGCGUGAGCAACGGGCACGCGGGCGUUGGCGGCGGCGGAGGAGGAGGAGGAGCCGGCGGGAGCAGGCUGGCCGUCCUCGCCGGACUGUUCACGCCGCGGCUCAUGAAGAAGCCGAUGGGCGUCGCGGCGAGCGACCUGGCGCUGAAGCGGGAGGAGCGCGUGAUGACGCGUGAAGAUGCCCUGCUGCUGCUGCAGCAGCAGCAGCAGGGCGUCAUCACGCGCUCGUACUCCGCGUCCUCGGCGCAGUCGGGCGCCGAGUUCCCCGUCGGGAGGACCGUGAGCCUCAUGCGCGACAACCGCUGCCCCUUCAAACCCCGUGGCCGCCCGGCAGCCGGCGACCCGGCCGCCUCCUCCAUCGCGGAGGUGCCGGAGAUCUCGGUGUUCUCCAGGCGGCUGCUGCUGCUGCGGGACGACAAGCGGAGCCUGUCGAACACCGCCACCGCCGCCACCGGGGCGCCCGUCGUGCUGCGCAGCUUCCUCUCCGCUCCGUCAUCGUCGUGCGACGAGGAGCACGACUCGGACGACUCGGACGACGAGUUUGAGCGGACGAUGCUGUCUGAGAGGCUGAGGCCGGCGGCGUCGAGGCCUGGGCGGGUCGGUCAGAACGGCGGCGCGGGCAGCCGCGCGCCGGCGGAGCGGAGCGUCGACUCGUCGUCGGACUCACCCGUGUUUCAGCAGCGCCAGUGCUGGCCGCUGGUCCGCCAGGUGGACUGCGUGCCGGCGGGGAGUGCGCGGAUCUUCCCGGCCGACGCGCAGACGCCGAAGCCGCGCAGCAUCCCCGUGAUGGGCGUGCGAGCCUCGGAAGGGGCGGUGGACAAGCGGAAGGGCGGCGGCGGCGGUGGCGUCGCGCUACCGCCGCCUACCAAGCCGGGGAAAGCGACGACGCCGCCGGCAUCGGCGUCGCCGGCCGGCGUGAAACUCGCCUUCAAACUCGCCCAGACGUCCUCCGCUCCCGGCAAGCGGCUGAGUCCCGGCUGCGGGGAUGCGGCGUCUCGCGAGCGCGGAGAGGCGGCCGGGUGCUCCCCGUCUCCGUCUCGGCACAGCUGCGGCGGCGACUCUUCGAGCGACGGCGGCGGCCAGGACGGGCCUGCGGCGGGAUCUGGCGACGCGACGGAAUCUCCCGACGCGGCGGAGGCCGCGCCGACGCCGCGCCGCUUCUCCUCCUCCCCCUCCACCUCGGCGUUCGCCGGCUGCUCCCCGCACGGCACGGAGCCGGCGCCGCGGACGCCCCUGCGGCGGGCGCGGCACGCGGCCGGCUGCAGCGGCGGCGACGACGACUCGAGGGAGGGCGGCGGGACCGGCGGCAGCACCGGCGCCGCGGGCGACGAGGUCUCCAAGGACGUGGUGCUCGAGCGCCUGCGCUCGCUGCGCGAGGCUCUCGGCGCCGGCCGCCAGGAGCAGCCGCCGGCCGCCGCCGGGAGUGGCGCGGGUGCUCUGCUCGAGUGCGUCGCGCACCUCCUGCAGUGCUGCGGCCGCUACGCCGACCACAUCCCGCAGUCGCGCGAGCGCUUCGCCUUCCGGGAAGCCGUUGCCAGGCUGGACGCGGGCCUCCGAGAACUCCAGGGGGCGCCCACCGGCAACUCGGGGUGCCCGGCGCCGUUGGGCCUCUUGGCGUGCGUGCGCGACAUCAGCAGCAUAGUGCAGCGUUAGCGGAUGCGGCUGCUGGGGAGGGGGGUCGUGCGCGGCGACCGCCGGGCGAACGGAGCCGUCGUCAUUCGACGCGGCGAUGUGUCGAUGCAGAGGGGUGCGGCUGUCGGUGCGGCCGUAGGUGGUGGAGCCAUAGUGGUGCGGCGGUGUCGGGCCGUCAUCGGUGGCUAGAGCGACGUUCUAAACUGUUCACCGACCCGUGCCAACGAUGCAGCGUGCAGUGAAACGAACUGGCCAUUGGGUGGAGGGGAGGCCGUCAUGCGUGCUGUGGCAGGCCUGUAAAUUGUGUCGACAGCCAACGUACGAACCUCGCUGGAACUAAUCCAGAAUAUUGGCGCCGGAUGAUCCGGAAACGCUGUGGAACCAACUUGGAACACUUUUUUGCGCACACGAACGUCCACAGCGCGAGCAUCUCUCUCCACGCCUACAUCUCCCGUUUACAUCACCGUUACCAUAAUGAAUACCAUCAUUUCCCCCCGCCCUCCCCUUCCCACACCGAAGCUGCUCUCCUGUUCCGUCGGAACGGACCGGAGGUUGCAGGUUUUGCGCGCUCGUGCGCCGACAGCAGAUGCUGCGCCAGGGCCGCCACGACCGUCGGACGGGAAGACAGAAAAACCGCGAUGUGAACCUUUUUUGCCGGCGCUGCUCAAAGUUUGCGAACGCCGGGGGGGUCCCACGGCGGGGAACCGGGUGGUGGUUUUUUUUGUUGUGCUAUGGGAUCACAGUAGACACCAUCGCGCUAACUUGCGUCCCGCCUCGUCGGAUCUCGGAAAGCAAAGCGGGUGGGGCGAGCCUGCUCCCCGCUUUGAUGGUGUGACAACGAGCGCGAGCCAGGCGGCGUGGUGCUGCUAGAUGGUCAGGAGAUGGUAGUACAGCAAGGGGCUCAGUCUGUAUAUACAUAGAGAGUCGGGUAGUUGAGUCUAUCGGAGGAUUGAAUCCAUCUGUGCAGAGCUUCGAGUGACAGCCCCCCCCCCCCCCCCCACUCUUAAAGCGUGGUGGGGUUUCUCCAGUUACUCCAGUUAGCUCCCACGUGACCAAAAAAAACUCGUGAAUCAAAUUGGGUCAAACAUCCCGAUACAGGACCCUCCUAAAAUCGAGGCCCGAGAUCCUCCUAUGCAAUGGCGGUCACCCAUCCAAGCAAGCGCUUAUGCAGGCUCUCAACCUUCCUGAGCUACCGAGCUCCCGACUGGACCAGGAGGGGGAGGGGGGCAUUGCGGUUGAGUUGGUUGCAGGCGAAAUCUUUUAACAUCGGCAAAGAAACAUCAACGGAAGGCGGACUGCGGAUGACCGACCGCGAGAGGUGGAAACGAUCAUCGGGCAGCAUUUGCACUAAAAUCCCCAAAAAGAAUGUCCAAACCGAGAAUCCGGUUUGGGAGCGGAAGAGCAAUUGAGAUGGAGCGUUACGGCCUUUACAUCGCAGAAGAGAAUCCGGAUUGGUCGAGGUUCAUGACACGUCUCUCCGGAGCCACACAAUUCGGUGCUACUUUAGCAGGGUUUUGGCCGAUGGACGGAGUUGAAAUGAGAUGAGGUGUGAGGGUUGGGAUGAUUUGUGAGGGGAGGAUGAGGUGUGAGGAGGGGUGGGGUGAGGUGCGAGCGUGAGAUGAGGCAUGAUGAUUCUGGUUGCUGCAGAAGCAGAAAUUGUCCGCCACAGACUUUCCCAUCCCGAUUCGUUUUGGCAGGAGGCUGUAAAGCUGGGUCCCCACCUCAUAAAGAAUGCAUAUUCAUGGAUAAUAUCUAUCUAUUGAUUUACAAUUGCAGUAACUAUAUUGUCAAGCCAUCAAACACUUCGGGAACAAACACAAAAACGGCCAGCUGUAAUAAUAAAAAAAAAUUUGCAAAACGAACCAUCCGAUAUCUUUGGAUCUAAUUCCGUACGAUAUUUCGUAGCAACGCCAUGUCGCCACCGACCAUAGUUCUAGACAAAACCAUCCUGACUCCGGACUCCUCGCUCCCCGGAUCCGCUGCUCCACCACUGGCGGACGUCGUUCUAGCCACUGCUCCCCCCCCCCACCCUCUGGAACUCUCAGCUCAAGUCAACUCAGUCCAGUCCCCUCUCUCCCUCUCUCACUGCCUUCAAGGCUGUCCCGAAAAUGUUCCUUGUCAAUGCCACACUUUCGGUGAUCCCCUACAUUGCUUCAUUUAUCUCCUUUGCUUGAGUGAGUGAGUGGGUGAGUUUGGUGGGUGAGAGAGUGGGUGGGUCGGACGAGUGCGUGAAUGAGAGUGUCGGUGAGUGGAUGGAUGAGUCUGUGGGUGAGCAUUUGAGUGGGUGGGUGAGCGUGUGGGUGGGUGAGCGUGUGGGUUGGUGAGUGAGCUCGCUCCCUUCCGCUCUCCCUCCCUUGCUCGGUGACUCUCCCGCUAAUCCUGCGCUCCCGAGACGUUCGUUAUGUCAUGAGCCGCAUCGUGACAAUUGUAAAUUGUCGUCGUCAUCGUCGACGUGUGCGCAUGUCAUAGGCGACGCUGCCUCCCUCGACCCGCAACACACGCGCUCGCGCGUUGUACGUACCGCACGGCCCGUUUUGAAAUGCGCGCGCAUAGUUUUGUUGUUGUUGUUUACAGCGCGCUCGUUGCGCUUGUUUUACGACGGACGAAUGCAUGCACAAAUCGAUGGCUUGAACAGCGACAUGCACACGUUGAUUUUUGUGGAGCAUUCCAUGUGUGCGCGCGCGCGUGUGUGUGUCCAGGGCCUUCCGACGCGAUUAUCUGGACCGGUCAUGGGCCUCCCAUCGGUCGACUCAGCCUCAAAUGAGUACCUGGUGCGGUGUGUAAAGCAUCGUCACUUGGGAGACAAAGGCGGCCGUGCGUGGUGCUGGCCACCCACCCCCUCGUGCGCCGUGCCGGCCUUCGUAUGUGCUCGCUAACAGCACUUGCGCCAACAGUCUGGUAAAGGCUAUGCGGGGGAUCUUUGUCUUUGUGUGUGUGUCCAGGGCCUCCCAGAGGUUCCUGGAGGCCCUGCAGCAGAAUGCCACGUGGGUGGGGGGGGGGUCUACAGGCCCGUUGUG